ACCGCGUUCGAGUUACAGUCAUCAGUCGAGAGCCGGAGUUGGAUCUGAUCAGACCUCUGACAAGGUUUCGAACGGAAAAAUAGAAACACUUUCACUUUGCACAAGAUGCUGAGGGAAACGAUUCUCGUUUUCGCGGCGCUCAUUGUGCUUGCCAGUGCCACGGCAGUUAAUGUAUGUGAUUCUGAUCUUCUGUUCGACGAUGAUCAAAUCAAAAUAUCCAACUGCGACAAACCUGAGUGUCUAUUAAAACAGGGAUCGACUGUCAAUAUAGAAAUGAAACUCGUACCUAACAGAGAUAUUAAGAGUUUAACUAAUAACGUGCAGGGAAUUAUUAGCGGCAUACCCAUACCGUUCAUAGGAGUUGAUGGAACAAAUGCCUGUGAUAAUAUUUAUAACGCUGAUGGUAGCAAAGCUGGUUGUCCCUUAAAAAAAAAUGAACAAUACAUGUACAAAAACAGUUUCCCUAUUUUAUCAAUAUAUCCCAGGAUUUCAGUAAUCGUACGUUAUGCAUUGAAAGAAGAAAAAGAUAAAGUCAUGUGCUUCGAAAUACCAGCAAAAAUUACGAAAUAAAAUACUUCGUUUUGUUGAUUUCGGCAUGUUACAAUUAAAAAUCGUAGUACGCGUAAUCAAUGUAAUUCUGAGCUUAUGUAAUUUAAUUGGCUGAUAUUAUGUAGUACUGUAUGCAAAUAAUUCUUUCGAUACAGAA